UCCGUUUGUCUUCCCAGAUAACGAAGCCCAUAAAUUCAAAAUCCCAUCUUUUCCCUCCAAUCGUGCUGUCGCUCCUCUCUUUCCUCCGGAUUUCUGGUGCAGCAUCCGCCGGAGACAGCCGCCGCGCAGCCCCGCGAGCCGCCGCGCGGUCCGCUUCCCGGCGACCGCGCCAUAAAGCAGGCUAUGUGUCCAAUGCUUGUUGAAAUGCCGAAGAGAAGCGCUGCCGCCGUGUAUGGACAUUCCCCUCCCCUGAGAAGAUCUCCGAGGUUUCGCAGUCCGAAGAUUGGCGUGCUGAAAUCCGAUGACGACCGGGUUGACCGUUCGGAUAGGCUCGUGGGUUCGAAGCGAAAACGUUCUCUGGUGAAUACCCAGGUAGAAGACGACCCAGGAAGAAAUUCGAGGGAAGUGACAGAUCUCAGUGAUGGUUUGACGGAAAAGCACGAUUUGCGUAGUGGGUUGAGAAGAUCUCCAAGAUUUAGUAGCGGGGUUAGGGGACAAGAGCAUUUUCUGCCGAUUAAUCAGGUUAAAGAUUACCCUGAAAGAAAUUCAAGUGAUGGCUUGGGGAGAAGUACAACUCCAUGUGCUGGGUUGAGAAGGUCUCCAAGACUGAAUUGUGGGGUUCAGGAGUUUCGCAACUUUGAUCAAUUGUUGAGGUUUUCUAAUCAGCAGAUUAUUGCUGGGCAAGUCGAGAGGACUGACUGUAGGCCUAAGAGAGAAACUAGGUCCUUGUUGAGUAGAAAGACUGACAAGGAGGAUAGGAAGGAUGCAAUAGAAGAUGGAGUUGUUAAUAAAUCUGAAGUAGUAGUAGCAGAAACACAAAGAGGCACUAGACAAUGUGUGCUUGGUCUACCCGCCCUUAAAAAGGAAGAAAGUGGAAUAAUUAAGACACUAACUGAGAGCAAACAAGGAGAAGAAGGCUGUAAGAAUUGCCAAGGUUGGACUCAAGAGCAAGAGGCUGCAUUACAGAGAGCUUAUAUUUCUGCAAAGCCGACUCCACAUUUCUGGAAGAAGGUUUCUAGAUUUGUACCGGGAAAGUCAGCACAGGAAUGUUUUGAUAAGAUUCAUUCGGAUCAUCUAACCCCAACUCAAUCUCGUUUUCGGUCCAGAGCAAACAGAAGGGAUGAAUCUUACAUCGAACUUUCUCCACUGUCGGCAAGCAAGAUUCUUAUAUCCCCUAAACCAUUGGUCAAGAGGCUCAGCUCCAAAAGAAAAGGUCUUCUUGCACACAAAACUGUCAGGCAGAUGUUACAAAAGCAAAAUCACUCAGACCAAACUUGUGAAGCAGAUUUUUUCUCUGUACUUGAGCCCAAUGUGGAUCCAUCUACUAAAGAGUUGACUUCUGUACUUGUGACACCAGACAAUUUACAGAAAAUGCAAGGAUCUCUUCUGAAAUGCCGUGAAAGGUCUUCUUCAGGCAAUAAGAAGCCGGUCUCCAGAUUUUAUAGCUCAAGUAGGAUACCUCUGAUAAGUCCUCCAGUACUAAAGCAGGUUAAAAACAGAGCAUUGCAUGAUAAGUACCUUGAUCAAUUACAUAGCAGGGAAGCAAAGAGAAACUCGGGUCUUGAAGUAAAAGUUACUUCUAAGGAAGUAAACAAAAUGGAAGUCAAUGCAAAGAAGGUUGGUACAGUUAAAGCUGCUAAGCAUGCCUUACUUUCUGAUGUGAAUGAUGCUAUUAAUCAGCUUCGACAUCUACAAGGCAAUGCAGCAACAGAUUCUGAUGAGGACGUUCUGGAUAGAGGGGAUGAUGAUGACGAGGAGGAGGAUGGAUGAACAUGUUCUAGUUUUCUUCCCCUUAUUCUUAGAGACAUUAACUCCAAGCGCUUGAGUUAAUGUAAGUACUUUUCUUAAAGAUAAUAAAUCUUUUUCGUCCUAACAGAUGCACCUGUCUGGCUAGUUUUUCCUUCUGCUGUCCAGUGUAGACUCCUCAAAGAUAAAGUUGACACAUUGAUUAA